GAGUAACGCUGAGCGGGCCGGGGAGCGCCGGGCCGGGGUAGAGGACGGGGCCGCAGGAGGCGCCGUAAACACUGAGGCCUUCCCCCGGCUGCUGGGCCCGGGGGCGGGUCUGGAAGACUGGAGUUCAGUGAAGCACCAUGAAUGCCAUAUUUGGUAGGAGAAAGACCCCGGAGGAGAUGCUCCGGCAGAACCAACGGGCCCUGAACCGGGCGAUGCGCGAGUUGGACCGUGAGCGAAUGAAGCUGGAGCAGCAGGAGAAGAAAAUAAUUGCUGACAUCAAGAAAAUGGCAAAACAGGGACAGAUGGAUGCAGUGAAAAUAAUGGCAAAAGACUUGGUGCGGACACGUCGCUACGUGAAGAAGUUCAUCAUGAUGAAGGCAAACAUCCAGGCCGUGUCACUGAAGAUCCAGACUCUGAAAUCCAACAACACCAUGGCCCAGGCCAUGAAGGGAGUCACCAAAGCCAUGGCCACCAUGAACCAGCAGUUGAAAUUGCCUCAGAUUCAGAAGAUCAUGAUGGAGUUUGAGAAACAGACUGAGAUCAUGGACAUGAAAGAGGAAAUGAUGAACGAUGCCAUUGACGAUGCCAUGGGCGAUGAAGAUGAUGAAGAAGAGAGCGAUGCUAUUGUCUCUCAGGUCCUGGAUGAACUUGGACUGAACCUGACUGAUGAGCUGUCCAACCUGCCAAGCACUGGAGCAUCACUCAGCGUUGCUGCUGGGAAAAAAGCGGAGCCGGUGGUCUUGGAAGAUGCAGAUGCAGACUUGGAAAAACGCCUGAAAAACCUCCGUAAAGACUGAGUGGGUUGUUACAUGAUUGUUUUUAAUUUUAAAUUGCGUGUAUAAUAUAGACACCAUGGAGAGGUAGUGAUUUAGUUCUGUUCUUUUGUUUAUGGGAGCGAUCGCCAAGCUGACACAUUGGGGUUGGGGGGGGUGGUGGGUGCAGAUUCCACAGGGUCCCUCUAUUCUGUGGAAACAGAGCAGUAGACACAACUUUAGAACGAGGAAAACUAAGUGGAUCUGCUGUAGCUGGGAGUCAGCAGGCAGAGAUAAUUGGAGUCUUGUUGGCUGCCAUUGUCUAUUAUUCCCACAUGUUCUUUAUUUGUCUUAACCCAUCCUUUGCCACUAUUGUAUUAAUGCUCACCAAAGUUUGGGGCAGGGAACACUCCAGAUCCACACACAUCCCUGGUUUAAGGGAGGUAUUUAAAGUGCCCCUGCUGUUCUGGAUAAAUUCUUUGGAGGAGAGUGAGCAAAUUUGUUUUGCUGCAGGGGACUGGAGGAAUAUGAGGAUGAAAACCAAUUCCUUGGAGGUUGUGCCCAGCAGGUGUAGUAUGGUUGCUGCAAUAACACUGUCUGGACUGGUGUGUACCAAUUCACAUCGGGCCUUGGGGCCACUGGUUCAGUGUUGGCUAUGUGUGUGCGUGCCCUCCAUUGUACACAGGACUGCACUUUCUCUAACAAAGGUACCGAUAUCCAGUAGAAUAUAUCAAUGCUGAACCCCUGUCAAAUGUUCAUCUCGGGUGGGAGAACGAGCAGAGGGACAUUGUAGCCCACCCUGACUAUGGGAUUCUAAAUCAAUAGCAGUCACGGCCAAGAGCUUUGCUUUGCCACCCAAUCUCUCGGGUGCUAAGGCUGACUGAUUUUUUUUUAAAUCAGUUAUUUCCUAGAAGAUUUAUAUCUAAUGGAGUGAGCACUGAACCCAAAGAAAAUGUGGUUCCAACCUAAUGCUGGUGUUUCUAUUUCCUGUUAGUGUGGGGUGACUAAAAAUGACAUUCUAUGUACAAUUAAAAAUCUCACCUCGCUCUUCACUUUGUUAACUUUGUCCUUUGUACAUUCUUCUGCCAACAUUGAAUAUGACAUCUGCCUACGUGAACUUCACACUCUUUAAUUAUAUUCUCCUGGUACAGGGCCACCAUUGCUAGGACAGUGUAAUUACAGUGUGACUUGUUUACGUGGGUAGAUUCCAUUGUAAAAAUGGGCAAAGGGAUUAAUACAUUUGAGCACAAAGCGGCCUGCAUUAUGUUGCAAUAGUUUGGCCUAAUUCUACACUCUCUAACUUCAUUCAUGUGAUCUGGUCACUCCUGUGUGUUGAUACCACAAUGAUUUGGUUGGAGUUAAACAUAUGAAUGGCUGACGGGACGUGUACAAGUAAGGAAUGAACUCCAGGCUGUGCGUGUGGAUCAGAGCUUCCAGUGUUGCCUCUUUAGGACAUGCCAUGCUGUCGUUUGUGCCAAGCCUGUUCCCUCUCAGCUCGUAGUUUUGAAUUUACUUCGAGCACUGUUUCCCUGGAGUCCUUGUAGCAAACCUGACUUCCCUUGCACAUUGGCAGGCCUUGCCAAAUCAGGAUUGCAGUCGUGAGUUUUAAUAUUAAAUUACUGCUUGCAGUGGAAGGUGUGCAGGAGAGCAUUGUAACUUGAUGCUCAUGUCAUUUUGGCUGGCUCUGGUGUGCCCCUGGAAGACAGCUGAUUUCUGUACACAUUCCCACCAGUCACCCAUUUAGACUGGAUGUGCAUCCUGCUGAGUCCUGUCUAUUAUUGACACCCAGCUUGUUGCCUGCUAACUGAAACACUAAAACCAAGCAACACAAAAUCAUGGACUGAAUUUGCACCCAAUAUGCCAAUAGUGAGUUUAACCAUGAGAUGAAUAUGGUAUUUGCCUUCAGCUUGUCUUUCAUUAAAAUAAAUGGACUUGAAGCAAAAUUGUUGUUGUAUCCUAGAUAUCAACAAUGAACCUACCCACCAACAGCGCUAUCAGUGUUUGAAGAGCUUGGAUUGUAAAGUACUAAGGACUAUUUGUUGGGAGAAUGACACGGUAUCAGAGGCCACUGUGAUAUCUCUUAAUUAGGGUUCUCCAUCUCGUUAGGAGUGCCCAAGGAGCUUUCAUCUUUCCUGCAGCCUAACUUGUGAGCUGUAUGGCUUAUCUCUGCCAUGAGAUCUCAGCUGCUCAUGGGGAGGGUACCUGUGGAGUCUGUGGUGUUGUAAAAAUGUUCAGCAGCUUCUGGCAUAGCUAAAAAUGAAAUCUUGUAAAAUGCUUUCCAUACAAGUGGCUGUCAUGAUGCACUUUUGAUGAAACACUUCAUUCUUAAGGAGGGCUGAUGUGUGUAUGUGUGUGUGUAAUCUCAGGAGAUGGGUGUCAGGGCAAUGUGCAGUCAGUUAAUUUUCUUGCAAAUGCUUUUAUAUUUAGGAAACCUGUUUUCUUUGGUUUCUGUAUGUAUGAUCAACCUGGUCUGUUGUAAUAAAUUAUAUACCAUUUGGUUACUUUUGAAAUUUGA